AUGUUACUAACCAUUCGCCGCUCUGCACAGNNCUACAGUAAACUUCCGUUCAGACUGCUAGUCCAAGACUAUAAAGUCGAUCUGACUUAUACGCCCAUGAUCCUUGCACAUGAGGACUCAUGUCAUUGUGCAGGNUUCAUCCGCCACCCGGUUGCACGCUCUUCAGAUUUCAGUACACAUGACAGUGAAGGCCCAGUUAUCGCACAAUUCGCCUCGAAUGACCCAGUCGAGUUUGGUCGUGCUGCAGAGAUGAUCGGUCCCUGGGUCAACGGCGUUGACUUGAAUUGUGGAUGUCCACAGUCAUGGGCGAUGAAAGAAGGAAUCGGUUGCAGCAUGAUGGCAAAUCCAGAGAAGGUCGCUGCCAUGAUCAAAGAAGCCAAACAACGGGUUGGACCUGGUAAAACUGUGUCAUGCAAAAUUCGCAUCCACCAAGACUUGAAUGAGACAAUUAAGUUCAUCAAGAUCGUGGAGGCAGCAGGGGUAGACUAUAUCACCAUUCACGGACGUCUACGUAACCAACGCUCUUCGACACCACCCAACUUUGGAGCCAUCAAGACGUUGAGGGCGCAGACUACACUACCCGUUCUCGCAAACGGAGACGUGUACACUCUGGAGGACGCACAUCGAAUCACAAGGGAGACCGGUGUAGACGGCGUCAUGGCAGCUCGAGGCUUGCUGGAGAAUCCUGCACUAUUCGCAGGCUUCGACAAGACGCCAUUUGAGGCUGUUUCACAAUUCAUAUACUAUGCUGUUCAGGGUGGCAUGAGACAUGAAUUGGUAGUACACCACUUGUCAGAAAUGAUGGGUGGCGUUACCACGAAAAGAGAAAGAGCAGGUCUUGCGGUAUGUAACGACAUGGUGGACGUUGUGGACUGGCUGGAUAGCAGGUGCAAGUUGCAACGACCUCUGGUGUAA